UUUAAGAAACAUAAAUCUAGCAUCUCCUCUGAGGAGGGCACUUUGUUAGAUGUUAUGAAAAAUUCUUGGAGGUUUCCACCCUGAAUCAUAUAUUAAUAUGGAGGAAUUAUGUGCUUUUUGAAAGCUGAUAUGUGAACAGAGAAGGAAGGAGGCUGGUCCAAGUAACAUUUAUUUAGCACAUACUGUGUGGAGACACUAUGCAAGCAUGAUCUUAAUUAAUCCUUCUGGUUACAUCUAAAGGUAAGGUGUCCUUCAAAAUGUUCUCAUUGCAAGGUGCCAAGAUGCUGCAGAUGCUGGAGAAAUCCUUGCGGAAUAGCCUUCCUGAAUCCUUAAAGGUUUAUGGGACCGUCUUCCACAUAAAUCAGGGAAACCCAUUCAAGCUAAAGGUGCUGGUGGACAAGUGGCCUGAUUUUAAUACAGUGGUUGUCCGACCUCAGGAGCAGGAUAUGACAGACGAUCUUGAUCACUACACCAAUACUUACCAUAUCUACUCCAAGGACACCGAGAGCUGUCAGAAACUCCUUGGAUCAACAGAAGUCAUCAAUUGGAAACAACAUUUGCAGAUCCAAAGUUCACAACCCUCCCUGAACGAGGUGAUACAAAAUCUUGCAGCCACUAAAUCCUUCCAAGUCAAGCACACACAAUGCUUUCUCUUUAUGGCAUCUGAGACAGUAAAGAAACUGGUUCCUUCCCUUCUGGAUGAAAAGAAUUUAUCACCCAACAGCAGCAAACCCAAAGACAUCAACCAUGAGAUGUUUAAACUCUCAUCCCUGGAUGUCACUCAUGCUGCCUUGGUGAAUAAGUUUUGGUCUUUUGGUGGGAAUGAGAGGAGCCAGAGAUUCAUCGAGCGCUGUAUCCGGAACUUCCUCUCCUUCUGCCUGCUGGGCCCCGAGGGGACCCCUGUGACCUGGAAUCUGAUGGACCAGACUGGAGAAAUGCGGAUGGCAGGCACCUUGCCCGAGUACCGGGCACAGGGCCUCGUCUCCCAUGUCAUCCAUACCCAGAGCCAGGUUAUGGACAAAACUGGCUUCCCCGUCUAUUCUCAUGUAGACAAGAGCAACAAAAUUAUGCAAAAAAUGAGUCACACUCUGCAGCAUGUCCGCAUGCCCUGUGACUGGAACCAGUGGAACUGUGUGCCUCUGUGAAGUUGGUCCUGAUAUCAAGACAGUGUUGGGUGGGCCUGGGGGUGUGGUUGCAGCAGCUUAUGGGUGGACCCAGAGAAGGAAUAAACCAUAAUCACUGGUAAAGGAGUGGGCCCUAUUUGGGCUCUGGGGAAGCAGUGAUGAAUGAUGAGCAGGACCACAACUAUCCCUGCCCUCAAAUCGCUCAUGGACUUCCUUUAGGUUCCUCAUUAUGAAGCAGGACAGCCAACACUGCAGUGGCCCCACAUUGUUUAUCUCCCAAAACUUCCAAAUUUCUGUGACUUUCUUUCAUCAGUUACACGUUGCUCCACAUUGCUUCUCCUGGAAAACCUAGUGCAUGGGUUAGUAGAAACUUGCCAACGUUGCCAGGAGACGAUAAUAUUUUCUGAGCACUAUGGCUUGUUCUUUUCUCUGACUUUGGCCUCAUUUUUAGUGAUCAGAGGGUGAACUCUCCUCAGCAGGUCUUUAGAGACUAUCCUUUCCUCUUUGAUUGCUGUUUUAUAGGUACCUAGAAUAUACUCGACACAAAUAUGCAUGAGGUAUUAAUAUAAACACACACACACACAUAUAUAUAUACAUGAUACAGCAGGUUAAUAUUACCAUUUCCUUUCCCCACUUCCAUUCCAUGGAAAAGGAUCUAUUAUUGUUUGUAAAGCCUGAGCUUCUAAACCCAAUCCCCCAUAAAUAAAGUUAUGUUGUGUUUUACUCCACAACUUUAAGCUAAGUGGUCCAAAAAGGGGAGGCCAUGGGGUGAUUAUAUGGAGAGGGGAAAAUGGGAGCACCAUACCCAGGAAGGCGAGUAUUUAUUGAGAAGAAAUAGGGGUUAUGGGGAAGGUGAGUACAGCAUGAUUAACUCCUGUUCUUCUUGACCUCAGCACACUCUUCCGAAUGUCAAAACUUCAUGCAGUUUGGACAAUCAUCUCACGGGAGAGUGUGGUUAUUGGUAGAAUCCAUCAGCAGGGAAAUUCAUCUUGGUUGGGACAGGUUGGCUGCAAGUUUCCCAUCCCAACACUACUAGAGAAACAGCUCUCCACAGUGGCAUGGGCAGCAAAGAGAGCCCAAGAAGGAAGAUGACCACCCAGAUGAAAAAUUUGUUCCUUUCUGGUCCCAUUUAACCUGAAAAGUAGGAAAAAGGAGCAUUCUUGCUUUUGAUAUUACUACAUCAUAAAUCCUGAGGUUAUCAAUCCUACAUUUGCAUGUUGUCAUUAAGGAUUCUUGGAGGACUUUAUUCUUCAGUGCAUGGUGCAGGGUUAUGACUUUUGCUCUAGUCCACAGCUUAGAAAAAUGGUGAAAAACAGUGCAUUACACCAAUGCUUUCAGCUUGUGAAUUCUAUCAUUCUACUUAUAAGUUGUUUAAAAAUUUCAGUUUUUAACAAUUCUCCUUAUUAAUUUGUUCUGAUUAAUAAAUGUAAUUAAACACCUUAAAAUGUU